CAAAUGCUUCCCAAGCUACAAUGUGCUUUUCCCUAUCUUGGGUUACGUUAGUUUAGCUGACAGCAAUUUGAGUGGGAAUGUCCUUCAGCAGGAUUUUAUCUUGUUAAAUGAUGUCUAAGAGGAUGGCCCACGAUAGCGUUCAUGCUGCAUUAAACUCUGACGAUAUCCUAUUUGAGAUCCUCCUUCGAUUACCAGAAAAAUCUCUUUUCAGACUCAUUCUUGUAUCGAAGAAGUGGCUUCACUUGAUAUGCAGCUAUUCUUUUCGUUCUAGUUACUACACUCGAUGGCAGGAAAGUUUUCGUCUAUUGGGCUUCCUUGUGUGCAAUUUUCUAUACCUUGGAAGACCUCGAGAUGGCUUCCGUCGCCCCUCAUGGGAGCCUGCACUUCCCUUUUUAUCAACUUGUAAAGAAGGUGAUGAUUUAAAGUUUUCUGGGAUCCUCAAGCAGCUCGGUUACUUCAUUGACUCUUCCAACGGCCUUCUUCUUUGUGGCCGCCACCCAAUGACUUAUUAUGUAUGGAGUCCCAUAACCAAGCAGCCAUACCAACUUCCUCAACCUCAUCAGUUCUAUCGAAAUUUGUGCAUGGCGUUCAUUGUCGAGGAGUCGCAUGAUAAUGUCAUCUGUUAUAAGGUCAUUCGUGCUAAAUGCAUAUGCAAACCUGUCGAAGUCAACACCGUCUCCAUUGAGACCUUCUCUUCAAAGACUGGUGCAUGGAAACAAGCCACUCUCACUUGCUCUACAGGUUUUGCUUUGUGUCCUCGAACCGUUGCUACCGUGAUCAGAGGCGUUGUUCACUGGUUUGCAGUACAGAAAAAUGUAGCUAUUUAUGACCCAUAUCUUGGAGUGAGGCGUAUAUCUUUGGUUAAACUUCCAGCUGGUGAGUUGUCAUAUGAUUAUGAAGAGUCUGUACUUGGGGAAUCCUCUGAUGGUCUUUUGCAGUAUGGUCAGAGCAGUAAGCUGGGUAUUGAGAUAUGGGUCCUGGAGAAAGAACAAGGUGGUAACUCAUCCAUAUACCAGAACAAUACACAUCAGGAGAGCAGGUGGAAUUUAAGAUACAAAUUGAAUUUCAGAGUUAUGUGGAAACGGAAUCCGACUUUUGCCGAUCAUUCUAAAGAAACGCACAUAUUGUCAUUCCUUCCUCAGAAUUCUGAAUCUGUCUUCAUUAGAUCUGGAUCGAGUAUAUUUCUUUAUCAGCUUGAGAGCAAAACACUGGAUGUGGUUCAUUAUCAUGGCCGUGGCUCUUCAAUUUCGUGGGAUUCCAGUAAAGUAGCACCAUACUUCAAGCCAUCUUGGCCUUCUUCUUCUUUAUGUCACUACACUAACAGUUUGACAUGAUUGGGUGCUUUCAUGAAGAAGUUUGUAAUUGUGGUUCAAGAAAUGUUCCCGUGUUUUUCUGCAGUAGUCUAGAGCAUUUCUCUUUGCUAUUCUUAUAUGAUAUGUAUAAAUGUUAAUAGAAAUCCUUAUGACACUUGCACUGAAUUGAAAGUAACAAGCAUCUUAAAAUAAUUAUUUAAGUACAGAAGAGAAGUUGAUCA